CUGUUACGAAUCACAGUUUCCACGCAUAAGUAUUCCAAUAGUCGCGAUUCCACCUGAUAUCGCAUAGACACUAUGUGGCUGGGCAUUCGUCAUGCUCUCGUUGUUGGCGCACCGCAAGCGAGGGUCGCUGUCGCGGGGGUUUUCGACUUAAACCUUACCAAGCCUUUAGCACCCCUCUUACAUGACGCGACCAGAUCGCAGAUAUCCACCCUUGAUGGAUUGAAAUAUACAACGGUGCUGCAAUGGACGUCCACCUCCCCAUCGCAUUGGACGAGCGAAAGCCCACCUGAUUAUCAGCUGCACUAUGGGUCAGGAUCAAGUAUAUGUCUUAUCAAUCGGGUUUCGAGGGUUUGAUGCGACCAAUCCUGCCCGUUGCAGAAACCAGGGCCAUGACCCGUGUCGACUCUCACAGUUGCAGGAGGAAUUUCUAGCCGCGCUUCCCGUUUGCGUGAUACGCAACGGAAAAAAAGAAGUAGCAUCCCUCAGAUGGAAAGCGGUUCUCGGU